AUGGUGAAAAACGUGUUGGCCACCCGACUGAGUGGUUUGGCUCCACGAGAUGAUGGUGAUGUUGGUGAUAUUGAUGGUUAUAAUGACGUCGGUUAUGGCGAUGGUGAUUCGCAGGAUGGUGAUGCUGAUUCGGAUAAUGAUGAUGGGGAAAAUUGGGAUGAUGAUGAAAAGGUUAUUGAUAAAGAUGACGAUAUUGAUGUUUUUGUUGCUGAUAGCGGUAUUGAUGUUGAUAAAGUUGAUGAUGAAGGCAAGUGGUCGGCUGAUGACGAUUUUGAAGAAUUUGUUGUGGAUGUUGAUGACGUUAAUGAAUAG